UCCCGCGCAGACUUCCCAGGCCAUCUCGUGGUGGGCAAAGUCCAGCUGGGAUCGGGUCUCCGGCCGGGACGACCGGUGUCGGAACCCGUCGCGCUGGACCUGGGGUUUGUCCUGCCGGGAGACCUGUUGGAGGCAGGAGGGACCGUCUUGCCCCAGAGGAGGAGUGCCGGUGUUUGCCGGUGUUUGCCGGUGUUUGCCAGGCCGGUGGCACCUUUGGAAAACGUGACUUUAUCUCCUGCCUGGGAGUUGGUGGAAAGCGGAGUGUGGAACCAAGUCCCGGAGGACUUUGCCGUGUCGCUGCCCUUGUUCCGAAGGCGUUUCCGCGCCAGGCGGGCGACGGCGUUGCUGUCCGCACCGUGGGCUCUCCCGGCGGGAUCCAAAGGCCGCACUGACGGGCUGCAUUGCGAAAGGGAAUCGAUACAGGGAAGCGUCUUGAGAGAAACUCUGGCCACCUGCGAGUGUGGCUGUGCCAGGAUCCAUUCUGACUCACGGGGGACGUUGCUGGCGGAGCCGUGGGGCGCCCGGCCGCUGGCCCGCGGGAGCAAGGAGGUGCUGGACUGGUCGCACGGGUUGUGUGGGAGCGUGGCGGGCACCGUGCGUGGCUUGUGGGCACGUCAGCACGGCCCCGGCCCAGCUCCGGUGGGAGGGAGCGGUGUCCCGAGCCGGGAGAGGGCUGGACACGGCACGGCGGCUGCGGUCCAGGGAGGUACCGGCACCUGAGGCGCCGGUGAGGCUGCAGCCGUGACUGCUCAUCCCUUCUUCACCAUUCCUGCCCGCCGCCGGUGGGUCUUCGGCACCGCACAGCCAUGACGACCUCGGCACUGCGCCGGCAGGUGAAAAACAUCGUGCACAACUACUCGGAGGCAGAGAUCAAGGUGCGGGAGGCCACCUCCAAUGAUCCCUGGGGACCCCCCAGCUCCUUGAUGUCAGAGAUCGCCGACCUCACCUUCAACACGGUGGCCUUCGCCGAGGUCAUGGGCAUGAUAUGGCGACGGCUGAACGACAGCGGCAAGAACUGGCGUCACGUCUACAAGGCCCUCACCCUCUUGGACUACCUCAUCAAAACCGGCUCCGAGAAGGUGACCCACCAGUGCCGGGAGAACCUCUACACCAUCCAGACACUGAAGGACUUCCAGUAUGUGGACCGCGAUGGCAAGGACCAGGGCAUCAACAUCCGAGAGAAGGUGAAGCAGGUGAUGGCGCUGCUGAAGGACGAGGAGCGGCUGAAGCAGGAGCGGGCGCACGCUCUGCAGACCAAGGAGCGCAUGGCCCUUGAGGGCAUGGGCAGCGGCAGCCACCAGGUCUCCUACGGCCGCCGUGCAUCGCCCUACGGUGACGACUACGGGCGGGCGCGGGGCUCACCCUCCUCCUUUAACUCAUCAUCCUCAUCCCCACGGUUUGCCUCCGACCUGGAGCAAGCGAGGCCCCAGACGACGGGCGAGGAGGAGCUGCAGCUGCAGCUUGCGCUGGCCAUGAGUCGGGAAGAAGCAGAGAAGAAGCCACUUCCUCCAAUUUCCAGUACAGAUGAAGAAAGGCAAUUGCAGCUAGCGCUCGCGCUGAGCAAAGAGGAGCACGAGAAGGAGGUGAGGACUUGGCAAGGGGAGAAUUCCCUGCUGCAGAGAGCCUCGGAGGAGACUACCCAGGGCAAGGAGGAAGAGGAGGAAGAAGAUAAGAUGAAGAAAAGCCAGUCCUCUAUCCUGGAGCUGGCAGAUAUAUUCGGGCCGGCGCCAGCCCCCUCCAGCCACACGUCUGCUGACCCGUGGGAUAUGCCAGAUAUGAAGCCCAAAGCGGAGCCGGCAGCCUCUGCCUGGUCCGGUGCGACUGACCCCUGGGUGCCGGUCCCAGCUGCUGGAGGGGAGCCCCUCUCCCAGGCGAGCGCCUCGUCCCAGCAAACCUCUGCCGGGCCCUGGGAUUUCCCCCGUGGCACCACUGCAGCCUCUGACCCUUGGGGGAAGGCACCCUUGUCUUCUGGCUUCCCUGCUGCGGACCCCUGGGGGACAGCAUCGCCCCCCACCCAGGUCUCUGGUUCUACACCAGCUGCCGAUCCUUGGGCCGCUGUGGCCGAGCAACCUCCUAACCCUGCUCCAGGGGGGGACGCUUUCGACCUGUUUGCAAAGCCGCCCGAGCCAGCCGAGCCGCCGGAGCAAGAGCCCUCUCAGCCACCCUCCUCGGCCAAGUCCAACAGCCCCGUCGAGCUGGACCCCUUCGGCGACCUGUUCCCCAGCACCAGGCAGGAUGGGACGAAGAGCUUCGACCUCGCCAACCUGGCCGACUCCCUGCCCGAAUCCGGCAAGGAGCGGAAGGACUGUAAAACCCCCGAGGCCUUCCUCGGCCCCGCCGCCUCCUCCUUGGUCAACCUGGACUCCCUGGUCGCGCCCGCGCCGGCCUCCAAGACGCGCAACCCCUUUCUCUCGGGUCUGAGCACGCCGUCCCCCACCAACCCCUUCAGCCUCGCCGAGCAGCCCAAACCGACGCUCAACCAGAUGCGGACCAGCUCGCCGGUGCCCGGCCUGCCCGCCGCUCUCCCCGCCAACUCCAUGACCUACAGCGCGUCCCUGCCGCUGCCCCUCAGCAGCGUCCCCGCCGCCGCCGCCGCCCUCCCCGCCUCCGCCAGUGCCUUUCCCCAGGCCGGCACUUUCCCCGAACUCCCCAGCAAUUUGCCGCAGCCUUUACUACCGCUGAGCGGCCCCCCGGCCCCGCCGUCCGCUCCGGGGGGGCUCAACCCCUUCCUCUGAAUCCUCUGGACGUGGAGACUCUCACCCCUUCCCCGGCUGUUACAAACCCCCCCGGCCUUUCCUUCCGCCAAGACCUUGGGGGGGGGGGCCCAGCGGUUCGCUAGCUGCAAGGGAGGGUGCCCCCCACGCCAGCCCCUUCCCCUGUGCCUGCCGGCUGGGGGGGCAACCAGCAUGAGCCCCCGUGCUUGACAGGCAAGAGGGGACCCCCCCCCCACCCGUCUCCCCGUCGAAGGCCAAGAGCCGCGGCCUAGGGGCCAUGGCAGGGCCCGUCCUAAGGACUGUGGUGUUUUUGGGGGGCUCCGGUGCAGCGGGCUGGGCUGGUGCAUGGGGUCUCGCUGCUGGAUGGGUCCCCCCCGGGGUAGGGGGGG